AUGGAUUACGAGUGGAUCAAAUUAAACAUCUUCACCCGAUGGGAUUGUUCCACUAAACAGACAUUCCUGCUCAUUUUCGACGCGACAGAGUCCAUUCAGAACUCAAUCACCCAGUCGCUAUCGAAGCCAGUCCUUUUUCAGGCUCAUUUGAAGGUUCCGUUCUGGCCAUAUACCCACGUAUUCGGAAUCCUAGCCGAUCUCCAAGAGUCCGCCAUUUGGUCAGUCCGGGACCAAGUGAGAGCAAUUGAAAAGGAGACAGACCCAUACAUAAGGCAACGACCAGAUUACAGGAAACUGCACGACUUUGCCCGCCACGCUAUACACGUUAAUGAGACUUUGGAUGUCUCGAUACAGAAUAUUGAAACUAUCAUGAAACAGUACGACCUUUACAAGAUAUCAGAAGUAUCAAAACCGCAUGAUAUAUAUGUCGGCGCAGACGAAAACAUCCGCAAUGAACUGGACUUCUUCCGAAGCUACAUCACAAAUCAGCGUCACCGCUCAGCCUCUAACGAGAAACGACUUCAGAACGAGAUCCAGCUAGCCUACAAUACUGUCUCCCAGGCCGAUGCGAAAACCUCUGUGGAGAUUAGCCAAAGUUCUAUGAAGAUUAGCCAUGCCGCGCAGAUUGACAGUUCUGCCAUGAAGACUAUUGCGUUUGUCACGCUGGCUUUUCUCCCUCCCACAUUUAUCUCGUCUAUUUUCAGCAUGUCAUUCUUUCAGUGCGGUGAAAAGACCGGCUGGGCCAUGUCAAACAAGUUUUGGCUUUAUUGGGUAUUCGCCGUUCCAAUAACCAUUGCUACGGUGUUGAUUUGGAAGUACUGGAUUAGAUUCUCCAGCAGUUUACAUAACCUCAGUCCAUUGGAGGUCCCUAUCAAAGAUGUGUAA